GCUAGCAGGAAGUGCAGCUCGGGUGCCUCUCCACUCGUCUCAUCAAUGCAGCUUUCAUUCUCCCUCAGUGGGGCAAGAUGGAAGCUGUACAAAAGGAUCACUGGUACUUCGUGGUACUCAUCUUUCUUCCUUUUCUUAAAGUUGCUGUUCAGCAGAAAGAAGUUGUUACAGUUCGUCUGGAGGAAGGGAUGGUUCUCGAAUGUUUGUGCCCCUGGUACGGCAACCUCAGCAUGGUGUCCUGGACCAAAAUACCAGACAAGGAUCCGGUAGCUGUUUUCCAUCCGGAGUACGGAGUGGCAUUUUCUUACCAUUACCGUGAGAGGAUAGAGUUCCUGAGGACCACACCUAUGGAUGGAAGUAUUUCCAUGAGGAAUGUCACACACCGGGAUAUUGGGCUUUACCACUGCUCUGUUCAGACCUUCCCUCAAGGCCCCUGGACAAGGAACAUUCAGGUGGAAGAUCUAGAUGAGCCCCCGGGAGAAGAUAACGGCAUAGAGCCCCCGACCCCAGAGGUAAUCGAGGCGGAUACAGAGUUGCUGGCGGAGCGGGACACCAACCUCACCAUCACCUGUAACCAUGAGCACAAUGGCACCAUUUACCAGGUCAUUUUGGAGAAGAUGCCGCAUGCCGAGCCCUGGGGCAUUAUCGGAGUGUGUAAGAAGGUGGAAGGGGGCCUGGUGGGCGAAGAUUACAGUGACAGCGGCAGGGUCAGCUGUACAGACAGCCUGGAUGUCAGUCUGCACCUGACAGGUGUGGUGCCGGAAGACGGUGGUUUCUACCGCUGUACCUUCAGCACAGAUGCAGGGGUGAAGACCACCACGGUGCUGCUCACUGUUCCCCCUCCAGGUGGAUUCAGCCUAUCCAUGUACAUGAUGUAUAUUUACAUCGGGGCUGGAGCUGCUGGGCUAAUUCUACUCAUUGCCAUCAUCAUACUAGCGGUGAGGCACAGGAAGAAGAACAAGAGAGAGGAGUACAGAGUCAAACUGCACCCAUCUCAGAGACAGCCAAACUUCUAUGAGAACAUCUCUGUGUGUCCCAAGAAGAAGUCCAAGCAGAUAAGAAAUUGCCCGGUCUAUGCCAACCUACAGUCUGUACAGUCGCACAAAAGCAAAUGUCGGCCUCGUGAUAAAUGAGCGGGCAUAAAUAUGAUGUACUGCAUAAUGUGGAUGUGUAGUUUUUAUCUGUCGCAGCUGUCAGCGCGCCCUCAGCCUUUCUCGGAUUAAUGUCUACAUGAGCUGAAAUAAACGUAUAUUGACGAAUGCUGAUCAUAAUUAUUUUAUUUGAGCUUUAUAAUAAGAUGCGGGGAUCACGCUGACACUCAUUAAUAUUCAUACUGGGGGUUUGCAACGAGUUGACAAGCUGGUGCUCAUUUAAGUCUCAGGGAGCUGUUUGAGUCGAGCCUCGCUCUCGCUAAUUAAAUGUAGUAUGUACUUCAUAAUUACUGUUGAGGAAAUAUUUGUAUUGGCCAAAACAAUAUUUGACAGUAACCGUCAUGCACGGAGAGCAGACAAAGGCCUGUAUAAUCAUUCUUUUCACUCCCCUAACCCCCGAGUAAAACGAUUGACAAAAGCCUGUGUAAUUGCUCUCCUUUUACUUUCAUCCCUCCUGGUUUUCAUUCAAAGCUUGACAAUGGCGUCUAAUCAUCUAACGGAAAAAGAAAAGCAGUCACUCAGCACUGUACCAUCACUUGAGACCGUUCCUUUCCCCCAAAGAGCUCUCCGUCUAGGAUGGCUGCAUUCUAGUUACAGUGUGCUCUUAUUAUGAAAGCUAAACUCUAAUUAGCUAAUCCUGUGCUUUCGUUUAUAACUCCUUAUACUUUGUCUAUCUGCUGUUGAUUGACUAAGUUUCCCAAAUUAUUAUUUUUUUAAUGAUUUCUAAGCUUUCCUGUGUGCUUUUAUGAAUCAAUAUUCUAGGUUUUAUGUUAGUGCUGUUAAGCUGUUUAUUGUUUAUGUGUAAUCUGAUUCAUUUAUCUCCAUAGAAAUGGAGGCAGUGGCAGAGGCAGUAAUGGAUAUGCAGGCUAUCCUGCUAGGAAACAAGACAAAUGUGGACAAGCUUAAAAAAACAAACAUGUGGAACAGAAAGGGACAAUAUACAGUUUGGAAAUCUUUGCCUUCAUUCUCUCAUCUUGGGUGUUCCUGGUUAAAUAGUAGACACUGUACAUUGGACUGUGAUACUGUGUGGGUGAUCCGCAAUACUGAAACUGAUGUGUGUGUGACUGUCAAUGGCUCUAUGUGUGGUACAAAUAAAAACAAUGUCAU